GUUUAAUUGAGCUGGGCUCUUCCCUGUCCUGCUGCCAGGCUCAGCACAGACGAGCGCAGCCACUGCCGCUGCAGGACAGGACCGCGUGCACCUGCCUGAGCUGCCCGUGCCCACGCCACCACUGGCAGAGCCGGAGCCGUGCACGCCUGUUCCCGCAGAGAGGACCCAGAGCGAGCCAAAGGGCAGCAUGGAGGGCCCCACGUCUCCAGGCCAGAGACAGGAGGGCUCCAGGGCAGACGAUGGGGCGCACCUGGGGGUGCCAGGGACCAUCGCGGGGGUGUACAUUGAGGCCUCCAAGAAGACAAUGAGUGUCUACGAUGCCACCAGAGAGCACCUCCUGAUGCUGGAGCCGGCGCUCGCCCUCCUGGAGGCCCAGGCAGCCACCGGCUCCAUCGCCGACCCCGUCAAGAACAAGCAGUGCUCGGUGGCGGACGCCGUCAGGCUGGGGCUGGUAGGCCUGGAGCUGCAAGAGCGGCUGCUGUCUGCAGAGAAAGCCGUGACCGGCUUCGCAGACCCCUACACGGAGGAGAGGAUCCCGCUGUGCCAGGCCAUCAGCAAGGAGCUGGUUGGGAAGGAGCAGGGCGCCCGCCUGCUGCAGGCCCAGCUGGCCACGGGGGGCGUGAUCGACCCGGCCACGGGUGCCCGUGUCUCCGCGGAGGUGGCCUGCGAGCGGGGAUGCUUGGACGAGGAGAUGAGCCGGUUCCUCUCUGACCCCAGCAAUGAGGACAGCAAAGCGUUCCUGGACCCCAACACCAACGAGAGGGUCACCUACGCGGAGCUGAAGACGAGAUGCAUCACCGACCCGGCCACGGGGCUCCUGCUCCUGCCCCUGACGAUCACCUUCCCGGGGCUCAGGGGCAGGGUGAGCUGCUGCCAGCUGCGGGACUCCGACGUCAUCAGCGCGGACACGUUCAGAGCCCUCUGCGAGGGGCAGGUUUCAGCGCAGGAGGUAGCGGAGAUGGACUCGGUCCGGCGGUCCCUGGAAGGGACGGGGCACGUAGCUGGCGUCGCUGUGCUGCCUGCGAGGGAGACGAAGAGCCUUUACCAAGCGCUGGCAGAGCACCUCCUCGUGCCCGGCACGGCGCUGACCCUGCUGCAGGCGCAGGCUGCCACCGGCGGCCUGACGGACCCCAUCAAGAGCAAGCGGCUCUCGGUGGACGAUGCCGUCAGGGCUGGCAUCGUCGGUCCCGAGCUUCACGAGAAACUGUCAUCAGCCGAGAGAGCCGUAACGGGGUACCGAGACCCCUACACGGGGGCCCUGCUCUCCCUGUGCCAGGCCAUGAAGAAGGGGCUGGUUGCCAAGGACCAUGGCUUGUGUCUCCUGGAGGCCCAGGUGGCCACCGGCGGCAUCAUUGCCCCAGGCCAGAACCACCGCCUCCCGGCAGAGGUGGCCCUCAGGGAUGGGUAUCUAGACGAGGACACGAAUCGGCUCCUCUCCAGCCCCUCUGACAGCAUCAGAGGAUUCUUCGACCCCAACGCCAAGGAGAGCCUGACAUACGCAGAGCUGCUCGAGAGAUGCGUCACCGACCCAGGCACCGGGCUGCACCUGCUGCCGCUGCACGGGGAGGGGAGGGAAGGAGCUCAGGGGACGCAGCCCUUCAUCGACCGUGGCACUCGGCUGGCUCUGGAAAACACAAAGGUACCGGUGGGCCGUGGCAAGUCCAAGGGGAGGUCGGCAUCGCUCUGGAAGCUCCUCUUCUCAGACUACUUCACGGCGGGGCAGAGGGCCGCGCUGGCCCAGCAGUACCAAGCAGGGACACUUUCCGUGCAAGACCUGGCCAAGGAGGUCCGUGCCACCAUGGAGCAAGUGGCUGCCACCAGCCACGUCACUUUUGAAGGCCUGAGGGAGAAGGUGACCCCGGACCAGCUUCUGAGCUCUGAGAUCAUUAACAAGGAUUUGUUUGAGAAGCUGAAGCAGGGGGAGACAUCGGCCAAAGAAGUGGUCAGGAUGGACACGGUCCGGAAGUACCUGCAAGGGACAGGCAGCAUCAGCGGGCUGCUCCUGCCGGACUCGCAGGAGAAAAUCAGCAUCUACCAGGCGAGUAGGAGAGGCUUCUUAAUGCCUGGGACAUCUCUCAUCCUGCUCGAGGCGCAGGCGGCCACUGGCUUCAUCAUCGACCCGGUGGCCAACAAGAAGUACUCUGUGGACGAGGCUCUGCGUGCAAGGGUCAUCGGCCCAGAAAUAUAUGACAAGCUGUUGUCGGCGGAGAAAUCGGUCACCGGCUACAGAGACCCCUACACCGGAAACAAGAUUUCCCUCUUCCAGGCGAUGAGCAAAGAGCACAUCGUUCGGGAGCACGGCAUCCGCCUGCUGGAAGCCCAGAUCGCCACCGGCGGCAUCAUCGACCCCAUCAACAGCCACCGCAUCCCCGUGGAGGUGGCCUACAAGCGGGGCUACUUCGACAAGAAGAUGAACCUGGUCCUCUCGGACCCCAGCGAUGACACCAAGGGCUUCUUCGACCCCAACACCCAGGAGAACCUCACCUACCUGCAGCUGAAGGAGAAGUGCAUCACGGAGCCCGCCACCGGGCUCUGCCUCCUGCCCCUGAACAGCAGGAAGCGCCAGACCGUCGACGCCAGCACGAGAGACGCCCUGCGCAGCGCCGAGCUUCUCGUGCGCUACGGCAGGCUCCAAGGCACGCGCGUCUCCGUGUGGGACUUGCUGACCUCCGAGUACUUCAGCGAGGGCAAGCGGCGGGAGAUAUUCAACCACUACCGCCUCCGGAAGCUCAGCCUGGAGCAGAUCCAAGCCAUGCUGGAGGAGGAGAUGAAGAAAUGGGCCCCCAUCAAGUUCCCAGCCAUGAGAGGCAGCGUCACGGCUUACCAUCUGCUGGAGACGGGCAUCAUCGACCGGGCUCUGUUUGAGAGGGUGCUGGAGGGGUCUGUGAGCCCGGAGGAAGUGCUGCGCAUGGACACCGUCAGGAAGUACCUCUGCGGCUCCGGGAGCAUCGGCGGGGUCGUGCUGCAGCCGUCAAACCAGAGGAUGAGCAUCUACGAAGCCAUGAAGAGGAAGAUUGUGACGCCCGUGACCGCUCUCCCGCUGCUGGAGGCCCAGGCUGCCACAGGCUUCAUCAUCGACCCGGUGAGCAAGCAGAAGCUGCGCGUGGAUGAUGCCGUCAGAGAAGGGGUGGUUGGGCCAGAGCUCCACGAGAAGCUGCAGCACGUGGAAGCAGCCGUCACGGGCUACAAAGACCCUUUCACAGGCAAGAAGAUAUCCGUCUUCCAAGCCAUGAAAAAGGGCCUCAUUGCCGACAAGCAGGCCAAGCAGCUAAUGGAAGCCCAGAUUGCAACCGGAGGCAUCAUCGAUCCCAUCUGCGGCCACCACGUCCCCGUAGCGUUUGCCCAGAAACAAGGCUACUUGGAUGAGGGCAUGAGCAAAGCCCUUUCUAGCCCCACCGACGACACCCGGGCCUUCUCUGUCCCAAACACCAAAGACAUCCUGACCUACGCGCAGCUGAUCGAGAGGUGCGAGAAGGACGAGACCUCCGGCUUCCACCUGCUGCCCUUGCCACAAACAGCCGCCCCCGUCUACACAGAGGAGCAGAUCCAGCAGCUCUUCAAGGAGACGGUGGUGAAGGAGCGAGGGGUCUCCCUCUGGGAGCUGAUCAGCUCUGGCUACUUCACUGAGGAGCAGAGGAAUGACUUGGUGGAGAAGUUCAGGUCCGAGGAGGUGUCCCUCCCACAGCUGGUCGUCCUCGUUCUGAAGCUCGUGAAGGAAAUGGAGUGGAAAGCUCGCACUCACAUCACCUUUGAAGGCCUGCGAGGCCGUGUGCCUGCCGUCUGGCUGCUGGACACGGGUGUCAUCGAUGAGAGCGUGUUCGAAGAACUGGCUCAGGGCACGAGAACAGCCGGAGAAGUAGCCGCGAUGGAAAGCGUGAAGACGUACUUACAGGGCACUGGGAGCAUCGCUGGUGUCUGUGUGCAGGCCUCCAAGGAGAAGAUGAGCAUUUACCAAGCAUUGAAACGCAGCCUCCUCCUGCCCGGCACAGGGCUGAUGCUGCUGGAGGCUCAAGCAGCCACUGGAAACCUAACAGACCCAGUGACAAACCAGAAACUGGGGGUGGAGGAUGCUGUCAAGGCAGGCAUCGUGGGUGAAGAGCUCACCGAGAAACUCCUCCUCGCAGAGAGGGCAGUGACCGGCUACGCAGACCCAUACACAGGAAACGCCAUCUCCGUGUGCCAAGCGGUGAGGAAGGAGCUCAUUCCCCUGAGCACAGGCAUUGCCUUGCUGGAGGCCCAGCUGGCAACGGGAGGGGUCAUUGAUCCCAUCCAUCAUCUCCACCUUCCUCUUCCGGCUGCCUAUAGGCACGGCUUUUACGAUGAAGAAAUGAACAAAACCCUCUCCCGGCUCAAUGACACCACCAGGAUCUUUUUUGACCCAAACACACAGGAGAGCCUGACUUACCAGCAGCUGAAGGACAGGUGCAUCCUUGACCCGGAGACAGGCCUCUGGCUGCUGCCUCUGUCAGACGAUGCAGCUUUCUACGUGGACGAGCAAACCAUGAAGGUGCUGAAAUCUGUGACGGUCUCUGCUCACAUAGGGCGGUUCAAAGGGCAGACGGUCUCUGUCUGGGACCUCCUCACCUCUGAGUACAUCUCAAACUGCAAGCGGAGAGAGCUGGUGGAGAAAUACAAGGAGGAGACCACUGAUUUGCUGCAAGAAAUCAUAACCGUCAUCACCACGGUCAUCAAAGAGACCGAGCAGCAAGCAAAGAAGUUUGCCUUCAAGGGCCUGCGGAAGCAGGUGUCAGCCAGCGACCUCUUCCAGUCCCAGCUGAUAGACAAGACAACCCUGGAUGAGCUCAGACAGGGGAAGAAAACUGUCAAAGAAGUCACUGAAAUGGACUCGGUCCGGAGGUACCUAGAGGGAUGUAAUUUCAUAGCUGGAGUCAUCAUACAGCCGAGCAAUGAGAAGAUGAGCAUCUUCCGAGCCAUGAGGAAGAGGCUCCUGAGACCGGGCACAGCGCUGGUGCUGCUGGAGGCGCAGGCUGCCACUGGGUUUGUCAUUGAUCCCGUGAAGAACAAGAAGCUGUCGGUGGAGGAGGCGCUGGCAGCAGGGCUGAUAGGAGCGGACAUUUAUGACAAGCUGCUCUGCGCCGAGAAGGCAGUGACAGGAUACACUCACCCUGGCACAAAAGCCCAAAUCUCCCUCUUUGAAGCCAUGAACCAGGGCCUCAUCCUGAAGAGCCACGGCAUCCGCCUGCUGGAAGCCCAGAUCGCCACCGGCGGCAUCAUCGACCCGGUGCACAGCCACCGCCUGCCCGUGGAGGUGGCCUACCAGCGGGGCUACUUCGACCAGGAGAUGAGCCAGAUCCUCUCGGACCCCAGCGACGACACCAAGGGCUUCUUCGACCCCAACACUCAUGAAAAUCUCACCUACAUGCAGCUCUUGGAGAGGUGUGUCCAAGACCCUGACACUGGGCUGUACAUGCUCCAGAUAGUCAAGAAAGGGGGCCAGUACUUCUAUAUUGAUGAGGCAACAAAACAAUUUCUACACUCAAAACCGAUCCAAAUGCAAGUUGGGAAGUUCAAAGACCAAAAAGUAUCUGUCUGGGAGCUUCUGUGCUCUCACUACAUCUCAGAACAAAAAAGGAAAGAAUUAGUGAAGCAGUACAAAUGUGAAACUCUGACACUAGAGCAGCUCAUCGCAGCCAUCAUCAACAUUGUUGAGGAAAUGGAGCAGAGGAACCAGGCCCUUAAGUUUACAGGACUCAGGGGUGAUGUAUCAGCAUUGGAGUUAUUCGACUCGCAGAUCAUUGACAAGAACACGCUGGAGAGCUUGCAGCAAGGCAGUCUAACGGUGCAAAAACUUGUCCAAACAGAAUCCAUCCAAAGAUUCCUGCACGGGACAGGAUGCGUUGCUGGGGUGCAACUCCCAGCAAACAAUGAGAAGAUGAGCAUCUAUGAGGCGGUGAAGAGAGGCCUCCUAAGUGAAGAAACUGCGCUGGUGCUGCUGGAGGCGCAGGCGGCCACCGGCUUCAUUGUGGACCCGCUCAAGAACCAGAAGCUGUCCGUGGCCGCCGCCGUGGCCGCCGGCCUGGUGGGCAGCGAGCUCCACGACAAGCUUCUCUCGGCCGAGAGAGCCGUGACCGGCUACCGUGACCCCAACACUGGGGACCAGAUUUCUGUCUUCCAAGCCAUGAAGAAAGGCCUUAUCCUGAAGAACCACGGCAUCCGCCUGCUGGAGGCCCAGAUCGCCACCGGCGGCAUCAUCGACCCGGCGCACAGCCACCGCCUGCCCGUGGAGGUUGCUGAAAAGCGGAGCCUCUUAGAUGAUGAUACAUUGCUCCUGCUCUCUGAUCCAGAGCAUGGAAGCAAAGGAUUUAUGGAUCCUGUUACUCAUGAAAAAGUCACCUAUGCCCAGCUCCUGAACAGAUGCAGCAGAGAGCCAAAAACAGGACUGUACUUUCUCCAGCUCCUACAAAAGAAGGAUGAUUACUUCUACAUUGAUGAGGAAACCAAAAACAACUUCCUCGCAACAAAAGUACAGGUAUCAAUAGGAAAAUAUCAAGGCCUUACAUUAUCACUUUGGGAACUCCUAAACUCAGAAUAUAUCACAGAAGAAAAGAGGAAGGAAUUUUUAAAAAAAUACAAAGCACAAUCUUCUGUUAUAACACAACAUUUGAUAGACAAAAUCUUAGACAUUAUUAAAGAAAAAGAAAGGGACAGAAAUGAUAUCUGGUUUAAGGGACUCAGAAAGCAAAUAACAGCAAGAGAACUAUACACGGCAGAGAUCAUCACAAAAGAUACAAUGGAAAAGUUGGAGGAAGGAAAAACAAGUGCAGAAGAGAUAGCAAAUACUGCUUCGAUAAAAAGAUACCUAGAAGGGAGUAGCUGCAUCGCUGGCCUCCUGGUGCCCUCCAAGACCGACCCGUCCAAGAUGGAGAAGAUGAGCAUCUACCGGGCCAUUUGGAAGGGGAUCCUGCGGCCGGGCACCGGCCUGGUGCUGCUGGAGGCGCAGGCGGCCACCGGCUUCAUCGUGGACCCGCUCCAGAACCAGAAGAUGUCGGUCGAGGAAGCUAUCUCUGCUGGCCUUGUGGGCACCGAGCUUCGCAAAAAGCUUAUUUCCGCAGAAAAAGCAGUGACCGGCUAUCAAGACCCCUACACAGGGAAGCAAAUCUCCCUCUUCCAGGCCAUGAAGAAAGAUCUCAUCGUCAAGAACCACGGCAUCCGCCUGCUGGAGGCCCAGAUCGCCACCGGCGGCAUCAUCGACCCGGUGCACAGCCACCGCCUGCCCGUGGAGGUUGCUGAAAAGCGGAGCCUCUUAGAUGAUGAUACAUUGCUCCUGCUCUCUGAUCCAGAGCACUUCUCCGCCCCCCACACCCAGGAGACCCUCCCCUACAUGCAGCUCCUCAGCCGCUGCGUCCCAGACCCCGACUCGGGGCUCCUCAUGCUGCAGCUCAUGGACAAGGGCUCCGUGCUCUUCCAGCUCAACGAGGACGCGCGCAAAGCCUUGCAGUCCGCCCGGGUGGCCGUCCACGUGGGCCUCUUCCAGGGCCAGAGCGUGUCCGUCUGGGAACUGCUCUUCUCCCGCUACGUCCUGGAGCACAGGAGGCAGGAGCUGCUGAGGAAGUACAAGGCGGGGCGGCUGAGCGUUCAGGAGAUGAUCACCGUCCUCACCACCAUCGUCACCGAGACCGAGGAGAAGAGCAGCCGGGAGCACGGGCCUGGCAAGAGCCCCAGCACCAAGCUGGAGGCAGGGCCGGAGGCGCGCUCCCCCGGGGCCGACCGCUCGUCCCGGGAAGACGGCUGGGAAAAGAGCUUGCGGGCCACCAUGGUCGACGUGCCCGCCGGCCAGUUCCGAGGGCGAAAGGUCUCCGUGUGGGAGCUGCUCUUCUCCGGGGACGUCGCCCCCGAGCGACGGCAAGAGCUGCUGGAGAAGCACAGAGCGGGCACGCUCCCCACCCAAGAGCUGGUCUCCAUCGUCAUCGCCAUCCUCAGCCGGGAGGCCCGAGGCAGCGCGGGCGAGCUAACCUCCAACGGGACAGCAGCCGGCAGAGAGAGGGCCGGGGAGGACGGCGCCGCCGCUCGUGCCCGAAAGGAGCCGGAGCGGGAGCGGGAGCGGGAGCCGGAGCCGGAGCGGGAGCGGGAGCUGGAGAAGGCCUUGAAGUCGAGGACCGUGGCCGGGCCGGGCGGCGACUUUGCCGGGCGCGAGGUGUCUGUGUGGGAACUGCUCCACUCCAGAUACAUCUCGGAAGGGAAGAGGCAGGAGCUGCUGGGGCAGUACCGAGCAGGGAGCGUGACGCUGGAAGAGCUGCUCCGCCUCGUCACCGUCAUCAUGCAGGAGACGGACGCGAGGAGCAGCCAAGUGAAGUUCCAGGGCCUCCGCAGACGGGUGACCGCCUCGGAGCUCUUCAGCUCGGACAUCCUGGACCAGAAGACGCUGGCUGACCUCACCCAGGGCACCACGACGGUGGAGGAGAUUGCGCAAAGGGACUCCGUCAAGAGGUACCUGGAGGGCACCAGCUGCAUCGCUGGCCUCCUGGUGCCCUCCAAGACCGACCCGUCCAAGAUGGAGAAGAUGAGCAUCUGCCAGGCCAUGUGGAAGGGGAUCCUGCGGCCGGGCACCGGCCUGGUGCUGCUGGAGGCGCAGGCGGCCACCGGCUUCAUCGUGGACCCGCUCCAGAACCAGAAGCUGUCCGUGGACGCCGCCGUGGACGCCGGCCUGGUGGGCAGCGAGCUCCACGACAAGCUUCUCUCGGCCGAGAGAGCCGUGACCGGCUACCGCGACCCCUACACCGGGGACCAGAUCUCCCUCUUCCAGGCCAUGAAGAAAGACCUCAUCGUCAAGGACCACGGCAUCCGCCUGCUGGAGGCCCAGAUUGCCACCGGCGGCAUCAUCGACCCGGUGCACAGCCACCGCCUGCCCGUGGAGGUGGCCUACAAGCGGGGCUACUUCGACCAGGAGAUGAGCCAGAUCCUCUCGGACCCCGGCGACGACACCAAGGGCUUCUUCGACCCCAACACCCAUGAAAAUCUCACUUACGCGCAGCUCCUGAGUCGCUGCGUCCCAGACCCCGAGAGUGGACUGUCUUUGCUGGAGGUUAGGAUGCAGGGAUAUUAAGUCAUUUUUGGAUUGUCUGCUGUAUUAUUACUUUGUUUAUCAAAGCUUUUAUUAUUUCAAUUCCAUUAGUGCCUACUGUGUUUAUCUCUUUUGUACCUACAUAGUUUAUCUCUGCCCUUCGAUUUUGCCCGUGUUAUAUUUCUCCUUUAUUUUUCCUCCUCAGUUCUGUAUUACUUUCUCUUUCGUUUUUCAAUGUUCUUUACCAAUUUAUUUGUAUUUUAUUCUUUCACAUUUUGUGGUUUCUCAUUUAUCUGCCAGUGUUGCACGAUUAUUUCCUGCUUUUUUUCUUGUAACCUCUUCUCCUGGAGAGCCUCAGGAAAUGCGUGGGUUUUGUGCAGGCUCCCUGAAGUUCUUGGCUCAUACAAUAAAUUCUGAGUUAAUGAUACAUAGAGACAUAGAUCAAGGGAGCAAUCCUUGGUAUCCUCUCUACGUAAUUUCAAAUUCAUAUAGUUCAGAGAUGAAACGAGACAGCCAAACCAUCUGCGCAGGCUGGAACUGGCAUCGUCUCUGGGCUUGAGGUCCGUAUUCGGGGGACUCGGCUGUGAAGUGUACGGUGGGUUUAUUGUCCAGAAUGAUCAGCAGAGAUUUGCAUGACACCUGCCUGCUCUACUCUGAUUUAUACUGCUUAGUUCUUCGCUGAGCUGCAACAUUCCCUUUUUGCAUUUCGGGCAUAUGGAAGGAAAGGUGCCUCAGCCUUCUAGCCAGCCUGCUCGGAGGAUUUCUGUCCUGGGUUCAGCUCUUCUUGCCAUGCGAGCCCCUGAACAAGCUUUGCCAGUGCUGUACGCCUGCCUAAACCCUGCCUGGGGCAAAGUGAGGGCGCUGCCAGGGCCGCAUUCUCCUGGAGGGAAUGUCUCCUGGAACCGGCUUUGUCACAAAGUGCGCCCCGGGCUCCUUCCUCUGACUCAAUAAAGGGAAACUUUUAAAACCUGGAAAA